AUGGCCAUUCAUUGUGUAGUCAAGUUCAUGCUUGUGAACGCAUACGUCUUCCAUUUGUCGGUUACUGCGGCUCGUUUGUUAUUGCAGGGUAUUUGGACGAUUAUGAGCCGUAAAAACAUUGCAUCAUUGGUGACGCCCUCGAGUCAAGCGAUGCCCAUUGUGCGUCAAGGUACAUUGGUGUACAGGACACCCACUGCCAUUCCCUUUGAUCAGUUUGGUUGUCGUUAUUCGGAAGCACAAGUGAUCGCUUUGAUGUAUGACCUUGAUCUUGACGGUUGUGACAUUGAACUUCGUGGCAGCACUGACGUUGCUGAUUGUGACUAUGACGACAUGUGCCAUGGAGCAACACCGUCCAUGGUCUGA